AUGGUGCUUGAAGACUGGCAUGAAGCGGCUUUCGUGGCAGCUGCGACCGUGUUCGAACUGGCCUUGUUUACGCAGCUGACGAUGCUUUUGCUGUACAGGAAGAAGGCAGUGAAAGAGUGGCUCAGGAGCCGCCUCAGCUUUCUCAAAUAUGCACUGCUUCCUCUGUGCUCAGGGAAGGAGGAGGCACUGGUGAGGGAGUCCACCUACCUUCACAUGCGGAUUGCCCGAGGAGUCAUCACCUAUCUGGCGGUUGUAGCGCUUUUUGGGCUCAUUCUGGGACAGGCGACUGCGCUCAUGGGGCAGCCUUUCUGGCUGUCAAUUCCACAGCUUUGGAACAUUUUGGCGUCUGGUCUUCUCGGCCUCACCUGUCUGGUUUUUCCGUCCAUCCUCCGACCUUCCACAACCGACGUCCUCUACAUUGCUUUCAACGCCAUUCCACUCGUGGCACUCUUUCCUUCACACUGUUUGCCCCAGGACCUCUUCAUGAGCUGGUUCGUGAUAUUUAUCCUCAUCCGCUUGCCUUCCAUCCCUUUGGCUUCUUGUGGCCUCACGGUCCUCUUCGCGGACGCUUCCUUCCUCGCGCUGACGGCUCUGCGUAGACGCUACGAUCAUUUCGAGGUCGUGGACAGUCUUGGCCUGAGCACUCGCGAUCCCACCCUGUUAGUCCGCGUGGACAUGUAUGCGACGGUCUCAACCUUGGCCUUCAGCUUCAUCUUCCUUGCAUCGAUGAAAAUGAAAGCAGAGCUGAUCGCGGGCACCAACAACCUGUCCUCGCAGCUGAGUGCUGCCUCGUCACUGCUUCGGCUGACCUGUGAUGCAGUUGUCGAGCUGGACAGCGAGUUGAGGUUCACGGAUCAUUCACCGGAGCUGUCCGCGAUGCUUCUUCAUGAUCGACCGGGCACGACCCUGAAGGCAAAGUGCUUUACUGACUUUAUGCAGCCCGUGGAUGCAGGCAGAGCCAUGGAGAUUCUGGGUGCCAGCAGCAACCGGUCUGCAUUCUCCACGCAGGAGAUCACGGCACACGCCUUUCACACACGUCUCGUGGACAGCUGCUCCUCCAAGCUCUGCGCCGAAGUCUUCCAGGUGAAGUAUUCGAAGCUGGAUGGGAAGUCCUACCAUCUGCUGGGUAUUCGCGACUUCACCGACAUCAAAUCUUUGGCCGGAACCAAUGCUGUGGACGCCUUCACCGAGAGCCAGGACUCCGUGAUGUCCAGCCCCGUCCAGCUCAGCCCACGGAGCUCUGUCGGGGACUCGGAGCCCGACUGCCAGCCGAAGGCCUACCUUGACAUUGACACGGAAGGUAUGGUCGUGCAAUCUGCGUCUCAGCCACUGAUGGCCAGAGCUGGCACGGCCUGCACGGAUCUUUUCCCUUCUCCGCACAUGACAAUGCUUCUAAAUCAGCUCCGCAAAGAGGCCGAGUUGUUUGCAAAACGCGGGGAGGAUCCUCCGAUGAGGGUUCUGAGCUACCAGGACAUGCCCGUCAUUUUCAACGCACCUCACGUCAAUCGCAUCACGGGGAACAUGCAGAUCACGCAGACUCGCUUCGGCCGCUUCAACGUGCUCCUGACCUUCUCCCGACCCAAUAUCAGGCCGGAGCCAGAGGCGCGGAAGAUCCCAGUCGCCACUCUCGAGGGACACUCUGAGCCUGCCAGGGCGAAGGAUGCGAAGGCUUUGGAGCUGCCUCAGCCAGUUGCUUCGCGUGGUCAGCCGGGCCUUUGGCAACUGAGCCAAGGCAUCCGGGAACAGCUGGACAGGCAGCUUCCUCGCGCCGUGCGCCGGCGCUUUCCCCCGGUGCCUGGCAGUGAGGGAAGCAGGAUGGCGCAAGACAGAGCAAAAGACCUAUAA